UCCAAGUCUCCCGUUUCACCGUGUCUCCCUGCGUAUAAAUAAUCACCGAAUAGAUUGAUCGUGUAUCCAUCACCAAUCCAUCGCGGUCUCAAGCAAAUUCUGCACUGCGCGCGCUUGUAAUUCCCGAGCGAAAUGGCGGCCUACGAGAAGCAGCAGCCGCAGCCGCCGCUGAACGUCGGGUACUACGGCCCGCCGAUCCCUCCUCCGCAGCCGGCGUACUACCCACCGCCGCCCGCCCCGCACCGUGGCGGCGGCGGGCCGCGCCGCCUGCUGUGCUUCCUCUUCAAGCUCGUGGCGCUGGCCGUCAUCGUGCUCGGCGCGGCCACCCUGGUGCUCUGGCUCAUCUUCCGCCCGGACACCCCCAAGGCGUACGCCGACUCCGCCGCGCUCUCCCGCUUCGAGCUCGGCGCCGGCGCCGGCAGCGGCGGCGGGGACCUCCUCCAGUACAACCUCACGGUGGCCAUCCGCCUGCGGAACCCCAACCGGUUCGGGAUCCGGUACGAGUACGCCGAGGCGCAGGCGUUCUACGACGGCGAGCGGUUCGGCUUCGACCCGCUGCAGCCGUUCUACCUGGGCCGCAAGAGCGACGCCCGGAUCACGGCCGCGUUCAGCGGCUCGGCGGCGGUGGACGGCGACGACGAUGUGCGGCGCACGUACCGGAGGGAGAACGGGGAGGGGUUCUACUACAUCAAGGUGAGGGUGUACUCGGACCUGAGCUUCAGGGUCAGGGUCUUCCGCGUGCACGAUUACAAGAGCAAGAUCACCUGCGUGCUGCGGCUGCCGGCGCCCACCGCCGGUGGCAACGCGAACGCCACGGCGAUGACGACGCUGGGGACGAGGUGCGACGUCGACUUCUGAUCCUUGCCCGAUUGUCCAAAUUCCAAAGGCAUGUGUUGUGUCCUUUGACAGCUUGUCUUUGUUAGCCGGCCGGGGAUAAUGCCGUUGACAGUGUCUUUGUUUGACCGGCAGUUUGUAAAUGUCUUUUGGCUCGCGUGAUCAUUCUUUUGUUUUUUUAUGCAUAAUAAACCUGAACUUUGUGAUCCGUAGUUUUAUAUAUGCCGUGGUGCCAUUGACAUAUUGUCUUCACAGAUUAUUCAGGCUUGUAGUCUGUACAAGCUCCGCGCUUUGGGUUUUCAUAAACUCUGCUAAAUGCAGGCAGUCACGCAUAUAGUUUACAAUGAGUUCAUAACUUUUGUGACAGUUAUUCUACGAAAGCUUAACAACACAGCCCCUUAAUUUAGCUAUGGCUGCUAGUAUAGUGAGAUUGUAAUUAGUGACUGAAGCAUUGGAGCAAAACCAUGUAAUUUCUUUAGGAGUCCGGCAGUCGCUGAUACAACUGGUUUUUUCACUCUGCUACAUGGAGGGGAGAC